UACAAAAACAUUUGAUGGUUGAACCAAGUAAUCCAAAAGAACCGGUUUAAUCAAAACGAGACCGGUUAAGUUGCUUCGUCACGUUGCGGCCGCCACUUCUGUGAUCUUUGCCAUGGUUCUUCGAAUCCAUCAUCGCUCACUCCCAUGAAGCUCCUCCAUCCACGUCGCUCCUCUUCAAGUGUCUUGUCACUCCAAUCCCUCCUGAAAAGCGGCUUCUCUCCAACCCUAACCUCCAUCACCACCUUCCUCCGCUUCCUCCACCGCCGCCACAAAUUCACCACCAUCCUCCACCUCUACUCUCAACUAACCUCCAACAAACUCCCAAUCAACCACUCAAUCCACUCAAUCGUCUCCUCCUCACUCCUCAAUCUCAACCGUUUCGACGACGCCAAGACUUUCAUCACCACCGCCCAGAUCUCAAACUCCUCCCUCGGAUCCUUAGACGAUCCCAACAAGGCGGCGUUCCCUUCCCCCGCGACGUUCUCCUCGCUGAUCCACGGCUUCGUCGCGAGAGGAGAGAUGGAGAAAGCCACCGAGGUUUUGAAGAUGCUGACGUGUAAGGAGAAAUCGAACUUCGUCUCUAGCGCUGUGGUGUCCGGUUUUUGUAAAAUCGGUAAACCGGAUCUCGCGUUAGGGUUUUUCGAGACUGCGGUUGAUUCAGGAGCUUUAUCGCCGAGUAUCGUGACUUACACAACGGUUGUAACCGCUCUUUGUCAGUUAGGUAAAAUUGAUCAAGUCAAGGAUUUAGUUAAGAGACUUGAGGAAGAAGAGUUUGAUUGUGUUUUCUAUAGUAACUUGAUUCAUAAAAGUGUAAUUAGAUUGAUGGAAGCAGUGAUGCAAGAUAGGGAGAUGGUGGAGAAGGGGAUAAAUAGAGAUUUAUUGAGCUAUUCUAUACUAAUAGAUGUGUUUUCAAAGGAAGGAAGGUUUGGAAUGGCGUUUGGGUUGUUAGGGAAGAUGAUUAAAGAAGGGAUAGAACCGAGUUUGAUCACUUUUACUUCUAUUAUGAGAGGACUGUGCAGAAAGGGUGGAGUUGAUGAGGCGUUUGAGUUGUUUGAUAGGGUUUUGAGUAUGGGAAUUGAAGUGGAUGAGUUUGUUUAUGUGACUUUGAUCGAUGGAGUUUGUAGGAGAGGAGAUUUGAAUCGAGCUUUUGCUUUGUUGGGAGAUAUGGAGCAGAGAGGGGUUAAACCGAGUGUUCUUACUUACAACACUGUGAUUAAUGGAUUGUGUAAGGCGGGGAGAGUAUCCGAGGCGGAUGAGAUUUCGAGAGGGGUUUUGGGAGAUGUUGUUACUUUUACUACGUUGUUAGAUAGUUAUAUCAAGGACGAGAAUGUUGAUGGUGUUUUGGAGGUUAGGCGUAGGUUUGUUGAAGCUAAGAUCCCUAUGGACUUGGUUAUGUGCAAUAUUCUAUUAAAAGCAUUUUUAUUGGUUGGUGAUUAUGGAGAAGCUCACGUGCUUUACAGGGCUAUGCCGGAAAUGGAGCUGACUCCUGACGCAGUCACGUAUUCGACGAUGAUUGAUUGCUGCUGCAAAGCGGGUCAGAUCGAUGAGGCACUUGAGAUAUUUGAUGAGUUGAGGAAAAGCUCGGUUUCCUCUGCUGUGUGUUAUAAUCGCAUCAUUGGUGCAUUGUGCAAAAAAGGGAUGUUUGAAACAGCCACUGAAGUUCUUAUGGAGAUGUGUGAUAAAGGUCUGUAUCUAGACAUCCAUACGUCUCACACCUUGUUACAUUCAAUUCAUGCUAGCGGAGGUGAGAAAGGAAUACUCGGUUUGGUUUAUAGACUCGAGCAGUUGAGUUCAGACAUCUGUCUUGCCAAUGUUGCCAUGUUCAAUGAUGCUGUAUUGCUUUUAUGUAAGAGCGGUUCUUUCGACGCUGCGAUUGAAGUUUAUAUGGUUAUGAGUAGAAAGGGUUUAACUGUUACAUGUCUUUCCACAUUUUUGAAAGCACUGGUGGACAAUCUCAGAGCAGUGGAUGCUUAUUCGCUUAUCGUAAAUGCUGUUGAAAAUACUCUGCUCUCCAUGGAUGUUAUAGAUUACACAAUCAUCGUCAAUGGUCUCUGCAAGGAAGGGUUUCUGACAAAGGCAUUAGAUUUGUGCACUUUUGCUAAACAAAGGGGCAUCAUUCUUAAUAUCAUCACAUACAAUUCACUCAUAAAUGGACUUUGCCAGCAAGGUUGUCUUGUAGAAGCUCUUCGUCUAUUUGAUUCGCUGGAGAAAAUUGGUUUAGUCCCCUCUCAUGUCAGUUAUGGAAUUUUGAUUGACAGCUUAUGCAAAGAAGGGUUGUUUCUUGACGCUGAGCAAUUUUUGGACACGAUGGUAUCUAAGGGACUUGUACCAAACAUUCUCAUUUACAAUUCGAUGAUUGACGGGUAUUGCAAGCUCGGGCGAACGGAGGAGGCCAUGAACGUUUUAUCUCGUAAAAUGAUGGGAAGGGUAACACCAGAUGCGUUCACAGUCAGUUCUUUGAUCAAAGGUUACAGUAAAAAAGGUGACAUGGAAGAAGCUCUCAGAGUGUUUGCUGAGUUUAAAGGUAAAAACAUCUCAGCCGAUUUCUUGGGGUUUCUGUAUCUGAUCAAAGGCUUAAGCACGAAAGGGCGAAUGGAAGAAGCGAGGAGCGUCCUGAGAGAAAUGCUUGUUUCAGAACCUGUUGUUGAGCUGAUUAACAGAGUUGAUGCAGAACUAGCUGAAUCUGAAUCAAUCAGAGUCUUUCUCGUCGAGCUGUGUGAGCAAGGAAGGGUCCCUCAAGCUGUUAAAAUCCUAGAUGAGAUAAGUUCGACGUUCUAUCCGUCUGGUAAAAAACCGGGUUCUUAUCAAAGGUUGCAGUUAUUGAAUGGUGUUAGUGAAAAGGAGGUGGAGAAAGAAGGCUAUGUUAAAGAUUUUCACAGCCUUCACUCAACCGUUAGCUCACUCUGCUCUAGUGGGAAAGUGAAGCAGGCUAAUGAGUUUGUUAUGUCUGUGCUUUCGUGUAUGCCUGAAUAG